AUGUUAUUAUUUGAUACUAUUUAUUCAGCAACUAUUACAAAUAUAUGUCCUGAUACACCUUCGUGCAAUUGUACACUUACCGAUAAUACAAAUUUAAAUAUAAUUUGUAGUUCAACACCAUCUCUUACUCAAUUGCCUACACUUUCACCUAACACACUUCAAGCAAAUGUUAAAGAAUUACAUAUGAUAUCAUCAAUAACUUAUACUAGAGGUCCUCUAAUAACUUUACCAACAAAUAUUUGUUCGUAUCCAAGUCUUGAUACACUUGAUUUAUCAUCAAAUAAUAUAAGUGGUUUAUUAAAUACAUCUGAACUCGCUUGUUUAGGUUCAAACUUAAUUCAUGUUGAUUUUUCAUAUAAUAAUAUAAAUGAUAUUGAUUUGAAUUUCUUUAAAGCAAAUCGACAAUUAAAAACAAUAAAUCUUUCUCAGAAUAACUUAACAUUAAUGCCUUUAAUUGAUGGAGAAUAUUUUGUUGAUUUUCCUUCAACAAUUAUAUCAAUGAAUUUCAGUUUUAAUCAAAUAGUUAGUGUAGAUUUUUGGCCUCUAUUUGUUACAACAGGAAAUACUAUGACAAUUGAUAUGAGUAAUAAUUUAAUUGAAAAUUAUACAAAUACUGUUCCAAUAUCUUUAGAACAGUUUACUAAAACACCAGACCCACGAUAUUUUUAUUUAAAUAAUAAUCGUCUUAAUCGUUUAUCUGAUCUUUUACUUGAACAAUAUGGUGCAUGUUCAACAACAAAUUCAAUAAGUGCAGCUUAUUUUAUUGUUGGAAUAUCAAAUGUAUUAUUAACAAAUAAUACAUUAAUAUGUGAUUGUGAAUCUUAUAAUUUAAUAACAUAUAUUAAUGAUGGUAUAAAUGAUUUUCCUGAGAUUAAUAAUGGUACUGCUUUAUUAACACAAGCAAUAUGUUCAUCUGGACAGAAAUAUAUUUUUACAAGUUUUACUGACUCUAAUAAUUGUGAAAAUUAUACAUUACCCAAUAUUACAGAUAUUUUUUGUUCACUUUAUGUAAACGAUAGUAGAGUAACAUUAGCACCACCUACUUAUUGGCCAACAACAAUAACGACAACAACAACAACAAAUGCAUAUGAAACUAAUUCAAUAACUGGAACAAACAAUGAAAGCUCAAAUGGUUCAUCAACUUCGAGUUUAUGGUAUAUUAUCUUGGGUGUUGUUCUUGGUGUGGUAGUUAUUUUAACAAUAAUUAUAGCUCUUUGUUAUCUAUAUCAAAAGAAGUUUUCUCCAAAAACAUAUAAUUUAAAAGUUACGAAUCAUGCUCAAACAGAUGAAAUAAAGUCACGUCGUGUUUCAAUGUCAACGUCAACAUGUGAAUUUGAUAAUCAAGGAAAAGAAACACAACCAAAUGAUGGUGGCUUACAUACAAAUUCGAAUUUACCAAAAGAUUAUCCAUCUUUGAAUGAUGGAAAUAAUCCAGAACAAGAAACUCAAACAUGUUUUCAACCUGUUCGUUCAAAACCACCUACUGGUCGUUUACCUUCAGCAUAUAGUUCUCAACAAAUAGAUAGCAAUCAUACACAAAAUACGUUACAACGUAAACGUAAAUUAUCCUUUCCACCAGCAGCAACUGAUGUUGCAACAAAUACAGCAAAUGUUGUCAAAGGUAUUCCAAUACCAGCAGGAUCAGCAAAACCUCAAUCUAUAUUUUCAAAUGAUACUGAUACAAGAACUAAUGCAAAUAGUUCUCAAUUAAAUGUUGCACCUAUUCCACUUGUACCAUCAAAACGAGCAAAAAUUUUACCACAAAUUAAAAAUGGAAUCUAUACUGAUUCCAAAACUGAUAAUUUAUUAAAUACAUCAGCAGGUGCACUUGUAACCAAUCAAAGACAACGACGACGUAGUUCAAUGUGGCUUCGAAAACAAACUCAAAAUAUGGUAUCACCAUUACCUCCUCGACCUCAAUCGAUGGUAACACAAAAAAAUACAUUAUUUGACUCUGAUGCAUCAUUUGAUGAAAGUAUACACUGGACGCCAACUAUUGAAAGUUUAACAAACAAAUCAUCAAAACCUAUACGCACGGUACCAUUACUUAAUAUUUCUGUUGUACCUGCUUGGAUAGAGGAUAGUAAUGAUCAACUAUAA